ACCCAUGAAACUGAAACACCAAGUCCCUAGAAUUCAAAGUUGAACAACACAACAAGAGAGAUUAUCCAUCACCCGAUCAAAAUAUCUUUUUCUUUGUGCACCAUCCUUGGACUCCAAACAUGCCAACCCUCUCCAAUUUCUAUAACAUCCAAGAUGCUUCCAAUCACAAUACCAAAGACGAUUGCUGGAUCAUUGUUGAUGGAAAGGUAUAUGAUGUGACACAAUAUUUGGAUGAUCAUCCUGGUGGAGAUGAUGUAAUCCUAGCCGCAACCGGGAGAGAUGCAACAGAAGAUUUUGAAGAUGCAGGCCACAGCAAAAGUGCAAGAGAACUUAUGGAGCAGUAUUAUAUCGGCGAGUUUGACACGUCAGUUCCGAUUUCCACCAAGAAAGGUUUUUCUGAAAAGUUCAAGCAUCUGAAGAAUAAGCAAUAUUUGGGUAUUUCCGUAGCUGUAGUUGGCAUCUCAGUGGUUGUUGGUUUCUUAUACAUACGGAAGAAGUAAUAUGUACACAUGUCUACAAUUCAUUCUUUUAAGUUGUUGCUGAAAAUGAAGCAUUACAACAAAUUUUGCAUUACUUGAAGCAUAGAAAAUAUAUUUUUAAAAACUAGCUUAUUUCAAAACAAUAAUAAGAAUGACAAUUGAUUGAUGCAUAAUGUUACAUCAGAGGAUUGAUUAAAUUAAGAAUGAUUAAACAUCGUUCUUGUAGUUCAGGGAUUA